GAACGUGGGCGGUAGCUUUACGCUGUCUUCGUCCGCUCGGCCCAGGGUUGGGGGUAGGGUCCGGGCUCCCCAGAGGAGGUGGUGCUACCCCGGUGCAGCCUAAAGCACGCAUAGGAGUAAUGCGGAGACGGGAGUGUGGGGGAAAGGAUAUUUUGGGAAUAGGCAAGUUACCAGGGAGGAAUGGGAGCUUCAUGUCCAGGAAGUGAAAAGACGGAGAGGGGGACGCGAGACGAGGCUGCCAGAGGGAUUAGAGCCGCCGACUGGGUAGGAAGCCUUUGAAAUAAUAUACGGAAGUGAUAAUAAGGACUUGAGUUAAGGCUCCGGCAGUAGGGACGGCAAGGAAGAGACAACUUGUAAGCGCUUAGGAGGUAUAUUUGACCUAGAGGGUGAUUGGACUUGACUCCUGAUACCGCGAGAGACCUGUUCUUUCUCAAAGGCUCCCGUUCCCAUCUCUGGACCCACAAGGAGUCAACCCUUUCGUUAGUUAAUCACUAUUUCUAGCUCAUCUUCAACUUUUCUCUCUCUACUGAGUCUUUUUCAUCAUUAUUCAGAAUUGUUUGGGUUUCUCCCAUCCUGUUGUUUAUCGUAUACAGCUUACUUAGCACUGUGCUAAGCUCUGGGGACUCAAUAGUCAACAAGAGACUCAGUACUUGCUCAUGGAGUUUUAUAGUCAAGUGGGGGAAGCAGACAGUCAUCAAACAAACACAAAUGUAAAAUUACAAUUAGUGUAAGAGGAAAAAUGGAGAAUUACACAAGAGGAUAAUACUGGGGGCUGAUUUGGACAUUUAAGUCAAGACCUGAAAGAAUGAAUAACUGUUGGAUGAAGCACAGGGUAAGAGCUGUCCAAGCAGAGGGGAAGGAUUAGGUGAGGUGUCAAGGUGGACAGACACCUGGAUGAUUGAAGCAACUAUUUAGGCAAACAAAUGGCUGGAGCAAAGUGAGUGAGGGGAUGAGGAAGGUGGGGAUCUUUGGAGCUUACAGAACUAUUUUAAGAGGAUUGGCUUUUCAGAGCAAUGAGUGUGACAAAGUGCUCCAGUGGCUUACAAGGACUAUGCUAAUGUUGGUCCCUCUGAAGUCACUUGCAGAAACAGCCCUACUGGUCAUACCUCAGUGCCACAGCCAGCCAAGAGCAACCCCAUGAGCAUCUGGAGAGCCAUCAUGAAGAAGCCACGAACCGCUGUGAGGAGUUGUCGCCAGAAGCAGGCGUCUGGCCAUGAGGGAAGGGAGAAGCAGGUCCUUAGCAGCAGCCAGGUCAAGCCUUCUACCCCUGAUGGCUUGGCCAGGCGGCAGAAGGAGGUGGUAUUACGGGCCUCUGUCUCCCCAUACCAUCUAUUCAGAGACACAGCUGAGGUCACAGUCUUUCGGGAGAACCUUCUGAGCUGGUACGACCGAGAGAAACGGGACCUGCCCUGGAGAAGGCGGGCAGAGGGUGAGGUGGACCCUGACAGGCGGGCGUAUGCUGUGUGGGUCUCAGAGGUCAUGCUGCAGCAGACCCAGGUUGCCACGGUGAUCAACUAUUAUACCCGAUGGAUGCAGAAGUGGCCAACGCUGCAGGACCUGGCCAGUGCAUCCCUGGAGGAGGUGAACCAGCUCUGGGCUGGCCUGGGCUACUAUUCUCGAGGCCGGCGGCUGCAGGAGGGAGCCCAGAAGGUGGUAGAAGAGCUAGGGGGCCAUGUGCCACAUACAGCAGAGACUCUGCAGAAGCUUCUGCCUGGCGUGGGGCGGUACACAGCUGGAGCUAUUGCCUCCAUUGCCUUUGGUCAGGCAACUGGUGUGGUAGAUGGGAAUGUAGUACGGGUGCUGUGCCGUGUCCGAGCCAUUGGUGCUGAUUCCGGAAGCACCUUUGUCUCCCAGCAGCUCUGGAGCUUAGCCCAGCAGCUGGUAGACCCAGCCCGGCCAGGGGACUUUAACCAAGCAGCCAUGGAGCUGGGGGCCACAGUAUGCACCCCACAGCACCCACGCUGCAGCCAGUGCCCUGUGCAGAGCAUGUGCCGGGCACACCAGAGGGUGGAGCGGGAACAGCUCGUAGCCUCACAGAGCCUGCCAGGCAGUCCUGAUGUGGAGGAGUGUGCUCCCAGCGCUGGACAGUGCCAGCUGUGUGCGCCUCCCACAGAGCCCUGGGACCAGACCCUGGGAGUGGCCAACUUUCCCAGAAAGGCCAGCCGGAGGCCCCCCAGGGAGGAGUGCUCUGCCACCUGUGUUCUGGAGCAGCCCAGGGCCCUUGGGGGUGCUCGAAUUCUGCUGGUGCAGAGGCCUAAGUCAGGUCUGCUGGCAGGACUGUGGGAGUUCCCAUCUGUGACUGUAGAGCCCUCAGGGCAAUGUCAGCGUGAGGCCCUGCUGCGGGAACUGCAGAGUUGGGCUGGGCCCCUCCCAGCCACCCACCUCCAGCACCUUGGGCAGGUGGUCCACACCUUCUCUCACAUCAAGCUGACAUAUCAAGUAUAUGGUUUGGCCCUGGAAGGGCAGAUCCCAGUGACCAUCACACCACCUGGAGCUCGCUGGCUGACCCGGGAGGAGUUUCACGCUGCAGCUGUUUCCACCGCCAUGAAAAAGGUGUUCCGUGUGUACGAGGGCCAACGGCCGGGGACCUGCAAGGGUUCCAAAAGAUCCCAGGUGUCUGCUCCAUCCACGCAGAGAAAGCCCAGCCCAGGCCAGCAAGUCCUGGAUAGUUUCUUUCGUCCCCACCACCCCACUGAUGUAUCCAGCCUCAACAGUAUGGCACAGUGACACCGCUGGAGCCCCUACUUCUUGAGAAUCCUGUUGUUUAAUAAAGUGCUUAUUUUUGUA